GCACACUCUCCAGGUCGAAGUCUGCAAAUCCUCGGUCCAACGUAAACCAUGCACCUUUCUAGUUCACUGCCAAUUCAUGCUUGACCCCAGAUUCUACCCCACGAUCCCAAUUACCCCAUGCUGGUCUUUCACCAUCCUGUACAGGUAUAAUUCAUUCGAGGAGGACGUCCGAGUGCUCAAUUUCUGAUUUCAGGAUCAACCUCAAGACAUCACAGAUAGACAUCCUGUAUAGUGCUGCACACUGACCGGGCGACCCAAACAUGUCGAAAGAAGAAGCCUCAACCACAGCAAUGGCUGAAGGAAACGAUCGCCAUGUUGACACUUCUGCCCAUGAAGGAUUCUGGCACCACUGGCGCUCUUUUGUAUACUGCUCUAUCGCAUGCCUUGGUGGCCUCCAGCUCGGUAUUGACCUUGGUGCUAUUGCUGGCAUGCAGGCUAUGCCAGGCUUCCUGAAGGUAUUCGGUUACCCAGAUAAGACGGCCACCUUUGGUUAUGGCAUUCGACCCACGGCACAAACACUGAUCAACUCUCUCAUGUCUCUCGGCGCCUUUUUAGCUGGCAUGUCCGCUGGCCCACUUGGAAAAUACGUGAGCCGAAGGUGGUCCAUGGCCCUCGCCAUAGUUUUCAAUGCAGUGGGAGUCAUCUUGAUGAUGGCAGGAACAAGUUUUGGAGCCCUGUACGCCGGGCGUUUCAUCGUCGGCAUUGCAAACGGCCUCUUUGAUGUGAUUCCUCAGCUUUACAUCCACGAGUCCGCUCCAGCUCAUCAGCGUGGUUCACUCCUGGGUAUGUUCAAUGUUCUCGUGAGCAUUGGACUUCUUAUCGGAUCAAUCGCCGACAACUAUACCGCACCCAUACUCAGUAAGGCGUCUUAUCAGAUUCCGCUUGGGAUUUUUCUUGUUAUGCCAACCAUUAUGGCCGUUGCGCUGCCGUUCAUGCCGGAAACUCCGAGAUGGCUGAUCGAGCACAACCAACCAGGAAAGGCACGGGCAGCUCUGACGAGACUCCGCAACAAACAGACAAACCCGGUAGUCAUCGACUUGGAACUGGAAGCAAUCCAACAGGCUUUCGAGAACGAGAAGGCUCUGGUCAACGGAGUGGCAAUGCUGGAUCUUUUCCGUAAGACGAACCUUCGACGCACCCUCUUGUCCUGGAGUAUAAUGACUUGUCUGGGAGGCUCCGGAGCCUUGAUGUUUCUGGUCUACGGCACAUACUUCUUUUCUGUGGCUGGCCAGACGAAGGCUUUUGAAGAAAGUAUCGGCAUGACUGCCGCCGGACUGGUGGCAACCAUUAUUUCUAUGUGGGCCAUCACGAAAAUCGGACGUCGCACCAUACUGCUGGUCGGUUUCCUCAUCCAGGCUAUCUGCAUGUUGAUACUUGCCGUCAUCUACCACGGCAGUACCCUGAGUGUCACUGCUGGCAAGGUCCUGGUUGCGUUUACCAUCAUCUACCUCUUCUUCUACAACUUUUGUAUCGCGCCCUAUGUUUACUUGAGCGCCGGUGAGAUCCCGACACAACGACUGCGUGGAUACACUCUGGGCAGCGCGAUCGGUAUCGCCUUUUUCUGGAACUGGCUUGUUACCUUCACAGCACCAUACUUUUUGAAUCCCCUCAAGCUUAAUUGGGGCGGCCGCUAUGGCUAUGUAUGGUUUGGCUCCAAUAUCGUCAUCAUCCUUUUCGUUUUCUUCUUCCUUCCGGAAACCAAAGAUCGCACCCUUGAAGAGAUUGACGAGAUGUUCGAGAACAAGGUGCCUGCGCUAAAAUUCAAACGGUACCAGUGUGUGAGGACCACCAACAUUGCUCUUACCGAGACCGCUGCUGUUGCCAGUAAGCACGCUGAUGCUCACCAUGUUGAGGCUCUGUAACUGGGUGCAGAAAGAGCUUCCAGGGUCAGACUCGCGCUAUCUGGCUGCCCUCGUGAGCAGGCCAUCUUAGGGGAGGGCAAGAGGGGCAAUUCAACUCAGCAUGGAUAUAGUAUGCUUGGAAGGCUGUGAGUAC